AGCGUUUUAUCGUUGACAUUUCCCUGAUCCUAUUAUUAGACCUUCCUUUUUUUACUUAUAUACAUACAUUGAAGAAUUUCCAAGAUUGAUAAGAGCGGAAGAGGAAGAAUGUGGUAAUGCUGACGGGAAGUCUACAACUCGUCUGGGGUUUUACCAGAUCCUUUAGCGAAAUUUUAUUACAGUCGUUCUUGGUGCUUUGUUCUGAUGCAAUGUGUCGCGCUCAUAUAUAAGCGAAUUUUUUAAAAAUUUUAGUAGUUUAGUAUAUAAGUGAUAAUUACGAAAUCUAGCAAUCUCGAUUAUCAUCGAUAUUCGCGAUAAUUUUAAUUUUAAAUUAAUUUUAAGUGUAGAUGUUAUGAUUUUUUAAUUAUUUAUUUAAUUCUUUAUUUUUUUAUUCUUAUAUGACACGUUCUUCGACAAUAUCGAGUUUUAGUACGCGCAUCUCGAGAGAAUUAACUCCUUACAAGUUACUGGAAGAAUUUUAUUUUUAACUUAAUUAAUAUUUCUACAAAAAUUUAAAUUACGCGUUUUAACGAGUUGUUCUCCAAGAAUUAUAAUGAGCAAUUCAGGAUCGUCCGAUCAGGCCGUUUCGGACGUCGACAGUGAUUCUGUUGCAAGAUUCAGAGAUAAAACAUGCUUGAGACUGCGUUUGGGUCGUGUCUUCAGCUCUAAUGCACUUAAGAGUCCUAAAAGUCCAAAGAGCGUAUCUAAUUCACGCGGAUCAAGUCCAAGUCACGGUAGUCCUCGCGCUAGGACGAGAUAUUCUUGGCAACCAGGAACUUACGGCGGUGAAGAGAAUCGAUCACCGUGCACAUCGGAAAGCGGGAUCUCGACCCUGUCAUCGUCGUUAAAGUCGUCAUCGUCGAUCACUAACACGACGGGCUCACCCAAGAGUCCAUCCACGCCGAAACAUCCAUACUUUUCGUACGCCGCCGACAGGAGGCAGCAGCUGGAGCAACCCGUAUACUGCGAGCCCGAGUCACGGCGAGCCACCACCGUGGAAGAUGACAGGCAGGACGUACAAGGCGCCAAUCCGGAGAAAGUCAAGAGCACGACGCAGGAUCUGUUCGAGUUACUUGAGCGGGUGCAGAGUUCACGUCUCGACGACCAACGCUGCGUUCUGCCGUCGUACUUCUCUCAGACGCCGAGAGAUGACAGAACGACGUCGAGCCCGGGCGGUGCGCCCAGCAAUCACACCUCGGCGCUAUCGCCGUCGCCGGUGGGCGACGCGCCCUUAGGUAGGGCACUGAUGGAAGCAGCUUUGCAACAACAAACGACGACCGGCGUCCAGCCACCCUUGGUCGUCACGCCAUCCGGAUACUGGGUCGACGGUACCGAUCAUCGACAUACCCUUGAUUCUGCUGGCAGGGCACUACUACCAGCGCAGCCUGCCUGGCAGCCCAGGAUAGACCAAGACGACACGGCCAAGUGUUACCGCCGCUUCUUUGUCGGCAGGGUGAGUCCCGACAUUUAUACCGAUAUAUUUUAUACCCGAUAUCGGAAUACGCGAUCUCUUUUCGUGAGGACGGAAAACGGCUGGGAAACGGACGAAGAGAGCGAUUUCGGAAACGCCAUCAACGAGUCUCUAAAUGUGAGCCCCCUGAUGCCAGUGAUGUGCCCCGGCGCCGGCACACUGAUAGCGCGAUACGACGAACACGCCCUGGUCUCCAGGUUCAAGUUUGGAGUUCUUCAUCAGCGAGCCGGCCAAGUCACCGAGGAGCAGCUCUUCGGCAACCGGCAAAUCACUCCGGCCUUCCAGGAGUUCCUCGAUCUGCUGGGUCAGAUUGAUCUCAAGGACCAUAAAGGGUAUCGCGGUGGGUUGGAUACUCGACACGGUCAGACCGGCGAUUCAGCGGUGUACGAGGUGUUUCGGGGUCGGGAGGUGUUGUUCCACGUGGCCUCUUUGCUGCCAUAUAGUCCGGGCGAUUCGCAGCAGCUGCAGCGUAAACGGCACAUCGGCAAUGACAUCGUUGCCAUCAUAUUUCAAGAAGAACCGACGCCCUUCAGCCCGGACAUGAUAGCCAGCCACUUCUUGCACGCUUUCAUCGUCGUGCAAGUCAUCGACCCCUGCACUCCUAAUACGAGGUACAAAGUCAGCGUAACGGCGCGCGACGACGUUCCCUGGUUCGGACCGACUCUGCCGACACCGGCGGUCUUCCUCAGAGGUGUCGAAUUCAAGGAGUUUCUGCUCACGAAGCUCGUGAACGCCGAGAACGCCGCUUACAAAGCCGAGAAAUUCUCCAAGUUAGAGCUGCGGACUAGAUCGGCUUUGUUAGAGUCCCUAACGGAAGAGCUGCAGACCAAAACGGCGGAGUUUCUCGGUGGUCCGCUCGGCUUGGGAAAUUCCGGCUUAAGCGUUUGUCCUGUAAGUCCGACUACAAGCGACGUGUCCGCUUCGGGAAGUAGCGGCAGUGGCUCGCGAUUUAUUGACACCGUGCGCAAAGCUCUGAUCUCCCGCGUGAGAAAUGCCUCGACGGAGAGCGUGCCGCAGCAGCUAGCCAAGAAGGGCCAGCAGACGGAAUCCAGUCCUCCGAGCAAUCGACAGUCGACCGUCACAAAGGUAAACGGUAGUAAGCGCUCGGUAGAGCCAUCCAGUCCUCUUGGCUCGCCAGAUCUGACACUUAGGAGAGAUUCAGAGCGCGGUAGUCUUGGUAGCCAGGAUAGUAGCCUGUCUAACACCGACAAUCAAGACAGCAGUUUAGCGACAUUGCAGCAGGACGAAUACGAUCGCAGAGAAUCGCAAGGCGCGAGCGUUGUCUGUCUCGAUAGCGAUACCACUGUCGUGGCAGACAAAAUCCCAGCGCCAACAUCAGCAGCGGUCCAGCGACUAACGCACGAAAAUUUGCGCACGCAGGAGAAAACGACGACGGAAGUGACGCAACGAGUAAUUUCAGAGAGUGACGAUAGUUCGUUGAACAGCGAACUUGAGCUCGAUCAAGCUGUGUAUCCUGAUAGCGACACUGGUCUCGAAUCCAUGAGUUCUGCGGAGACCCAUGAUACCACAAGGUGUACGAAUAAAGAUGGAAUCGUGGAAAAUGAAAACUUGAGGAUGGAGGUCACUAGGCUCAAAUGUGACAAGUUGGAUCUAUUGCGACAGAAUGUGACAUGCCAACGUGAACUGAAACGUCGUCGAGAAAAGGAAUUGCAAUUAGAGUCCGAUUUGGCAGCGGCAUCCAAAGAGAUUCUACGGCUACGUGCGAUGUUGAAGGAGUGUUCCACGAGCAUUCCAUUGGAUAACAAUAAUCAGCAGACAUCCACCGUGUGAAGUUUGCGAGCAUAGUGCGUACUCUAAAAUGCGAUUACGAGUUGCUCUUGUGAAAUGUUAGUACGGCCUUUACGGUCUAAUAUAAUUGCGUGUUCUAUAGAUUUGGAAAAUCAUCUUUGACGCGCGAAAUCACUUUUCUCGUCUUUGUUAGAGAUCCACACGACGCGAUUCACCCGCUGUUUUUUCCUUUUACAUCACUUUCGCGCAUAGUUCGAUAUUGAGAUUUACUGACUAUAACAUGAUGUAUGAGGAGUGCGAUAGAGAUGUAAACUAAAACGUCUUUUAGACGCUAGAGUACUCAAUACUUGAACACUAUGUACCUUCCAUUCAUCAGGAAUCAUUCAUUACUUCCAAAGGUUCAUUAUCAUUAGUGCUCCAUAAGAGCAUAUAGAGUUUGCAAUUUAGAUGCUUUAUCACAAAGAUUAAUCGUUCAAACUGAGUUUUUUCUCUAGAUAGAGAUUAGUACAAGUUCUAUAUAAGUCAUGUACGAGAAAAUAGGAUUAACACAAAUCCUGCGAAGUUGUAUAAUGGUCAGAGUGUCUUUGAGACAUUUGCAGUAUAAACUCAAGCAUUGUUAGAGUUCUUGUUUGACUUAUAAGACAUGUGUAAUAUUUAUCUAUUAAUUUAUUAGUAGACUUAAGUUGACCACUCGUAGUCAAUAUAUAUAUAUACGUGGAUAUAAAAAGAAGCAGUAGAGAACCUAUAAUAUUAUUCGUUUUAAGAUGUGAGAAACAGACUUAGCAUUCUCGAAGAGAUAUAAAUUGCCACGAGACGCCGUAACAAAAACGUAUCAGUGUAUCGAUUGCGUGUUAGGAAGCUGAAUAAUAUAGCACGUAAUUCUCGUUUAUUCUUCCGUAGCGCGGAUUAUCUUACCAUCCAUGAUUAGGCAAAACUUCCAGAAUUUAGACAAUGCGGUUUUUCAUAGCCGGAAAACCUUUUGUCAUGCGAUUGUAAAAGGAAACAUAUAUCUCUAGCUGCAGUAUUUGUCACGAUAGACUUAUCCGAUGCACUUUACUAAUUUCCUAGUAUUAGAUACCAGAGAAUAGUUUUUAGUGUACCUCUAUGAGAUUCCACGAUCCUUGAAACUCUAUCCCUACGUGCUAGUUUUAGCGAAACACUGGUUUUCAAUUAUUUUUAACUGAUUGCGCAUAACACCAAAUCACUUAUGUUUAUGUAUCACAUUUCUUUACAAAGUAUCACUAUUCCUUUUCGCACGCGCAAACAGGAAAAAUGCGUUAUCGUUCACUGUUCAUCACUUAAGAUAAUUAUUUUAUAUUCACUUUUGGUUGGACGAACAUCAAUUCUUCUAUUAUUUCUUAUGGCUAGUAUUAAUAUAAUUCUUACCAUUAUUAUUAUUAUUAUUAUUAUUAUUAGUCUUAAUACUAUAAUUAAUACUUUUAUUAACAUUGAUUACGUUAUACUUUGUAUGAUCUUUGUAAAUAAUCGUUGAUCUAGGAUAGGCAUUCGAAGGCGCUAUGCAACUGGCACAAAGAGGAGGAACAAUGACGUUCACUCACACAUAAUACCAAAGUUUAAUGUAGUAAAAUUCACAACUUUCUUUUUAUUUUCCUCGUUCCUCUUAUUUUCCCAUUUUGUCUAAUUAUUUUUUACAGAUUGAAAGGAAAUUAUAAGUUUUGUUUCAGAUACUUUUGUCGUAAAAAGAAAA